AGGCCAGGCUGAUUGAGGUGAUUGAGAAGAAUGAUCUGGAUCCGUCAUACACCAUAGAUCCGGAUACCAAGCGGGGAUGGUAUGGAUACUGUACCGGCUGGAGGGAGAAAAACAGGGAGGCGUACCUGAAAUGUCAAAAACGUUAUAACGACAAGAGAUCUAAGUGAUUGUGCGCAUUUUUGUUACUCGUACGGGUAACAAAUAUCGGUGGGUGGAGAUAUCCAUGGCGUGCGGAUCGCUAACCUCAAAUACGAUCUAUAAAAAUUGGAAUAAAAAUUCCUAUAUCGUAUAUCAUAUCAUAUCAUAUCCAACCAUGACGUCGAGAUUUACAGAUGACGAAAACCGACAGUUCCUCGAAAGAUUCGGCUCCUGGGCGGACGAAUAUUUCGGCCGCACAAUAGACCCAUGCCUGAAUUCCGCAUCCAGCAGAUCUUGUUGCGAAGAAUUACUGAACAUGGUCGAAAUAUUGGAACUACAAUAUGAUGACUUUGAGGGGAUCGGUCCGGACUCUGAUCAUAAAUCCUAUGAUGAUAUUAUAGAACACGUAAAAGCUCGAAGUGUCUUACGCACCGGAGGAGUCGGACUCGGAUACUAUGGAACUCCCAUAAUAGAAGCGCGCGUCUAUGCAGUCGCCACGGGUCCGUAUGAAAUAUGGACAUAUAUGGACAUAGAUGAUGUCGAGGAGUACGACGAUGAGAAGGAAGAGGAGGAAGAGGAAGAGGAGUACAAUGAUGAGGAGGAAGAGGAAGAGGAGUACAACGAUGAGGAGGAAGAGGAGGAAGAAGAGGAAGAGGAGUACGACGAUGAGAAGAGGACGACGAGGACAAGAGCGCUGAUUGAUCGUGAUUUUUUUAGUGAUGACGAUGAUGACCUAGAGGACGAGGACAAAUGCAUAAUUUGUCUUUCUAAAAGAAAGAGCGCAACCAUUGUUCAUGGUAGAACGGGACAUUGCUGCUGCUGUCUAUCAUGUGCAUAUAAAUUGGAGAAUAAUAGGAGGGAUAAAUGUCCCGUGUGUCGAGCGCGAAUAGAUUUUGUCAUUAGACAAUAUUGAAC